AUGGCAGAUCUCAUGUGGUUAGACAACGUAUCCAAGGAGCAACUAAUCUCCUUCGCACAGAGUCUGGGAGUUGACCACGUAGGCACCACGUGGGAGAUUCGUAAGCGCAUAACUACAUUGGCAGCCAAGGCGCACGGAGACCCGGAAGUAGAAGAACAAUUUUUAAAAAUGGAAGCUGCAUACAAAGCAGGUGAGAUCGCUUCACGAGACGAAGGCGAUCAGAAGACAACCUUCCCAGCAGAUCAAGACAGAGGGACCGCGAGCACUUUCGCGGAAUCAUCACGGCUACAGCCGCCACAAAUCAACAGGUUACUUCAACAGAACCACAUUGUUACAUUCGCACCCAUCAUCGACCAGGUGAGGAAGUGGUCCGUGAAAUACGACGGCGGGCGAGACCCAUUAGCGUUUGUCGAGAGAUUAGAAGAGCUCUCCGAAGUGUACAUGGUGAAUAUGGACAUUCUUCCAAGAGCCAUGCCCGAAUUAUUGUGCGGUACCGCUCUCCAAUGGUAUCGCAACAAUAACGAACAUUGGGAGAGUUGGACAACCUUCAAAAAGGACUUUCUGCGCUUCUUCCUACCAGCACGUUACUUCGAACGCCUCGAAGAUAACAUACGGCAGCGAAGACAACACGUUCGAGAAAAAUACAAGGACUACGUUCUAGCUAUGCAGAGCUUAAUGCGACACGUUGUGUAUAAUCCGGAAGAGCGACUGGAAAGAAUUUUUCGGAAUAGUCACACCGAUUAUUUGCUCUACAUUCAGCGGCGAGAUUUCGAGACGCUGGCCGAACUCAUCACACUGGCAGAAGAGUACGAAGGGAUAUAUGAAGGACAACGACGAGGAGUAGAGCCACCUCGACGCGAGAUGACGAGACACAUCAUAGGUGACCACGAGGUGAGAAAUGUAAGUAGGCCGUUACCACGUCCACCACAACACCACGCAUCGCCAGCAACCAUCGCCAGCAACCAUCUACGAGUAGAACCUUUAGCCCUGGAAAUAUAUGCUUCAGAUGCGGUCAGGAAGGUCACUAUGCUAGGAAAUGCCGUAAUCCCAAGAAAUUGUGCUGCAGGGAGUGUGGCCGAGCGGAUGUGCUAACGAAAGAAU